ACCAAACCAGCCAGUAAUUUGCACUUUAGAAAGUUAGGUCGGAAGAGCGACUUCUGCUUAAUUUUGCGUAGGUGCUAGCUCAUGUAAUUUCUCCACCGGGUGAUCAUCAGUGGAUGAAGGUAAAGAAGGGAGGAGAGAAGAUCAGGGGGAGUAUGAACAAGGGCGAGAUGUUCUCGGGUCAGAAGAAAGAAGGAAGCAUCGUCGAAGCACCGAAACUGGCCGUCAGGCGGAGGAAGGCCGUUAGGAGCGUGACGAGGGAGGAGAUUGAGAGGUAUUGGAGGGUGAAGAGGAUGGAGGAGGAGGAGCAUCUGCUUGCCGCUCUUAAAGCUGCUGCUAGAAUCAGGGCUCGAGCUCUCUCUGAGGAGGAUUACAGGAGAUUCGAAGAAUCGCUGAGGGACAUGAUAAAGAAAGCCAAUGAGGAAAAAGAUGGCCAAAACCACAAGGAUCUGCAAGUGGGAAUCAAGGAUUGGUGGACCAAAAGCAGGUAUGCUUACUUGAACCAGCCAGCCAUCAGCAAACCAAUUGGGGAGUACGGAGCACCAAGCAAAGCUACUGCUGCGUACGUCCCACAAAAGAAUUGCUCCUACGCUCCUCCUCCCACUUGCAGCCCGGUGCCUACCUCACUUGGGGUCUUCUGAAACUUCACUCUGGAUGUACAAAAAAAUUAUAUCCUCGUGUGCAGGCUUAUUCUACUUCCACCGACUGUUAUUUGUUAUAAAUGUCCUAUUAUAUGUAUGUAUUUAUUAACGCAUGGUUGGACGAAGUUACGUGUAUGUUUGUAAAUCUGUCUAUGGUUUGAUGUAUCGUUAGGAUGGUUGGUGCUAAGCCCUCGUUCAAUCUUGAAAACAUUUUUCAUGGUCCUGAA